AUGGCACCCUCACUGACUGUAAAUGAGCCCAUGGCACCCUCACCGACUGUAAAUGAGCCCAUGGCACCCUCACCGACUGUAAAUGAGCCCAUGGCACCCUCACCGACUGUAAAUGAGCCCAUGGCACCCUCACUGACUGUAAAUGAGCCUAUGGCACCCUCACUGACUGUAAAUGAGCCCAUGGCACCCUCACCGACUGUAAAUGAGUCCAGGGCACCCUCACCGGCUGUAAAUGAGUCCAUGGCACCCUCACUGACUGUAAAUGAGCCUAUGGCACCCUCACUGACUGUAAAUGAGUCCAGGGCACCCUCACUGACUGUAAAUGAGCCUAUGGCACCCUCACUGACUGUAAAUGAGCCCAUGGCACCCUCACUGACUGUAAAUGAGCCUAUGGCACCAUCACUGACUGUAAAUGAGCCCAUGGCACCCUCACUGACUGUAAAUGAGCCCAUGGCACCCUCACUGACUGUAAAUGAGUCCAGGGCACCCUCACUGACUGUAAAUGAGUCCAGGGCACCCUCACCGACUGUAAAUGAGUCGAUGAAGACCCAGACACAACGCAGAGCAGUGCCGGGGCCCCUGCUGCCAGGCAGAGCAGUGCCGGGGCCCCUGCUGCCAGGCAGAGCAGUGCCGGGGCCCCUGCUGCCAGGCAGAGCAGUGCCGGGGCCCCUGCUGCCAGGCAGAGCAGUGCCGGGGCCCCUGCUGCCCGGCAGAGCAGUGCCGGGGCCCCUGCUGCCAGGCAGAGCAGUGCCGGGGCCCUUGCUGCCAGGCAGAGCAGUGCCGGGGCCCCUGCUGCCAGGCAGAGCAGUGCCGGGGCCCCUGCUGCCAGGCAGAGCAGUGCCGGGGCCCCUGCUGCCAGGCAGAGCAGUGCCGGGGCCCCUGCUGCCAGGCAGAGCAGUGCCGGGGCCCCUGCUGCCAGGCAGAGCAGUGCCGGGGCCCCUGCUGCCAGGCAGAGCAGUGCCGGGGCCCCUGCUGCCAGGCAGAGCAGUGCCGGGGCCCCUGCUGCCAGGCAGAGCAGUGCCGGGGCCCUUGCUGCCAGGCAGAGCAGUGCCGGGGCCCCUGCUGCCAGGCAGAGCAGUGCCGGGGCCCCUGCUGCCAGGCAGAGCAGUGCCGGGGCCCCUGCUGCCAGGCAGAGCAGUGCCGGGGCCCCUGCUGCCAGGCAGAGCAGUGCCGGGGCCCCUGCUGCCAGGCAGAGCAGUGCCGGGGCCCCUGCUGCCAGGCAGAGCAGUGACGGGGCCCCUGCUGCCAGGCAGAGCAGUGCCGGGGCCCCUGCUGCCAGGCAGAGCAGUGCCGGGGCCUUGCUGCCAGGCAGAGCAGUGCCGGGGCCCCUGCUGCCAGGCAGAGCAGUGCCGGGGCCUUGCUGCCAGGCAGAGCAGUGCCGGGGCCCCUGCUGCCAGGCAGAGCAGUGCCGGGGCCUUGCUGCCAGACAGAGCAGUGCCGGGGCCCCUGCUGCCAGGCAGAGCAGUGCCGGGGCCUUGCUGCCAGGCAGAGCAGUGCCGGGGCCCCUGCUGCCAGGCAGAGCAGUGCCGGGGCCCCUGCUGCCAGGCAGAGCAGUGCCGGGGCCCCUGCUGCCAGGCAGAGCAGUGCCGGGGCCUUGCUGCCAGGCAGAGCAGUGCCGGGGCCUUGCUGCCAGGCAGAGCAGUGCCGGGGCCCCUGCUGCCAGGCAGAGCAGUGCCGGGGCCCCUGCUGCCAGGCAGAGCAGUGACGGGGCCCCUGCUGCCAGGCAGAGCAGUGCCGGGGGCCCCUGCUGCCAGGCAGAGCAGUGCCGGGGCCCCUGCUGCCAGGCAGAGCAGUGCCGGGGCCCCUGCUGCCAGGCAGAGCAGUGCCGGGGCCCCUGCUGCCAGGCAGAGCAGUGCCGGGCCCCUGCUGCCAGGCAGAGCAGUGACGGGGCCCCUGCUGCCAGGCAGAGCAGUGCCGGGGCCCCUGCUGCCAGGCAGAGCAGUGCCGGGGCCCCUGCUGCCAGGCAGAGCAGUGACGGGGCCCCUGCUGCCAGGCAGAGCAGUGACGGGGCCCCUGCUGCCAGGCAGAGCAGUGCCGGGCCCCUGCUGCCAGGCAGAGCAGUGA